AUGCCGUCGCUUCUGGUCACUGGUACGGCGCAGGCUUUGGCUCUAGGAGCACUCUCGAACAUAAUCGCUCAGGUUCUCACAGCUCGGCAGAGAGAUGUCUUCCUCGAACGCAAGUUUCCUGGUCAGCAGAUGGAUCCGAAGAAACAAGGACGAAGGUCUUUGAACAAGACAAACACAGUCAAGAAAUUUCUGCUUGAUCAGGUCUUUGGCGCAACAGCGAACACAGUAGGCUACAUCGCAGCUCUGGCAUAUUUUCGAGGAAAGAACAGCGCGGGCAUCAUGAACCAGGUUCAGGACGACUUUUGGCCGCUCAUGCAGGCUGGCUGGCGGGUCUGGCCGUUUGUGGCGCUUUUGAGCUUCACAGUCAUUCCACUGGAGCGCAGAACACUGUUCGGAAGCACUGUUGGGCUGUUCUGGGGUAUCUACAUGAGUUUUCUGGCGGCGCAAUAA